AUGGACGGCCGUUUUGGUGCAAAAAGGGCGCGGACUGAGGAGGAUCCGCGAUUGGCUCCUUUUGGGGAGUUUCUCAGGGCACGAGGGGCUGAGGGUAUCCCUUGUGCCACCCUGCUGCAGGCACUUACAGUGCUGCAGAUUAUACCGACAGACUGCCGGUUUAGUGACUACUGCUGGGCCACCUGGCAGGUUAUGGCCAGGUACGCUGGUCCGCUGAGCGGACACAGAAUAAGGGAGAUGGAGAGAACGGGAGUGAUCCCGGACGGCGUGGUGGACGCCUUUUGCCGGCUCAACGAGGUGGUGCUCGUAGUACAUCCCCUGUACUCGGGCACCCCUCUCAAAAUAUUCGGAAAACCCGGCAAACCGGUAAAAGAAAUCGCGGAGUGUCUGGGGACGUAUGCCGCACUCAACAUCCAAGCGGCGACGACGGAAAACAUACAAAAAAAAACGCCGUUGCCGGCAAUCACUGAAGAAGAGGAGGAGGAGGAACCGCAGCCAGGCCCGUCAAGCCGCCCAGAUUUCCCGGCUGGACCGGCGACUAACAUUGACCUUAUAACACCCGAUGACGGCACUAACAACCUUAACGACAUCUCAACUCAACUAACGGAUACAACUGUAACAUCGUCACCAACCUCACCAAUAACAUCCUCACCGUCAUCAUCCUCAUCACACUCACCAUCUCCACCAACUAACCGUUAUAAUUUCCGUCAUCCUCGCCGUGAGGCGAGUCCAAUAACCCUACGUAUUAACCCGCAAUUUAAAGCCGCUAACACAUCAACACUAACCGCACAACAUGCAGCCGAGUUGGCGACUACAAUACCAACACCUUAUAAACUCAUCAAUAACAAAAUUGCCAACUGUCGGGCUGCUCCAGGCGCGCUGCCCCCUUUGCUACGGUGGCCGCCUGGAAAAUUCACCACUCUGCACAUGGUGUGGGCACACCGUGAUCGUGCCCCAAGGCCUCUCGGCGCGGCAGAUAACAAUAUAUAUGGACUCACACCGCGCCGAGAGGUGUGUUGCAGCGCCAAGGAAGGCCGUGGCGAAGAGGAUGGACACCGCCGAGCGACUCCGGGAGCUCGGCCGCGAUUCAUCAUUUAUCGCGGUCCCCGGGGAAACCUCGGCGGUCGGGGUUGA